UCCUAGGAGAGGAAAAUAACAUAUUCAUAAAAGGGGGAAAAUAGAAAGAGAAGAAAAAUGCAAACCCUAAAAUCGCGUUAAAAUAUCGCGCGAUUUGCAAAUCGGAAAACUAUCGCUCCGUAUUUAUAUAUCUCUCUCUCUCUCCUCUAAUUCUCUGCUGGUGCAGAUUACCAUAAAUUUUUAACAGAUGGUUAUGUUUAUGCAUUUUGGCAUCAGUCAUCAGAAUGGUUCGUGAAAAGGAUAUAUGUUGGGAGUAUGCUGAUAAAUUGGAUGGGAACAAGGUGAGAUGCAAAUUCUGUUCAAGAGUCUUAAAUGGUGGAAUCAGCAGAUUGAAGCAUCACUUAUCCCGGUUUCCUAGUAAAGGAGUAAAUCCCUGCAGCAAAGUAAGGGAUGAUGUUUCUGAUAGAGUUCGGGCCAUUAUAGCAGCAAAAGACGACUUCAGAGAAAUCCCACUUACUAAAAAGCCAAAGUUUGCAGAAACUAGUUCUCCCGGGAGUAUAACCCUAAGCAAACCUCUCUUGUUUGUGGAAACAACAUCUCCCGUUUCAAAGUUGCUUCCUACAUUUAACCAAAUAGAUAAUUCUUCCACCUCAAGUGAAGAAGAAAAUGCAGAGGAAAGUGUUGCUCUGUUUUUCUUUGAGAAUAAGUUAGAUUUCAGUGUAGCAAGAUCAUCUUCUUACCAGGUUAUGGUUGAAGCAAUAAGAAAAUGUGGUCCGGAUUUUUCUGGCCCCACUGCCGAAACACUGAAGAACACAUGGUUGGAAAGAGUCAAGUCCAAAGUGAAUCUGGGGUUGAAGGACACCGAGAAUGAAUGGGUCAGAACCGGUUGUACAAUCAUUGCAGACACGUGGACUGAUAACAAGUCACGAGCAAUGGUCAACUUUUUGGUUUCAUCACCUUCUAGAACCUUCUUUCACAAGUCAGUGGACGCGUCUUCUUAUUUCAAGAACGUAAAAUCUUUAGCUGAUUUAUUUGAUUCUGUCAUUCAAGAAAUCGGCCCUGAAAACGUGGUGCAGAUAAUUGUUGAUGGAGCAUUGAGCUAUUCCGGUGUGGCAAACCAUAUUCUGCAGAAUUAUGGAACGAUCUUUAUCUCUCCGUGUGCUUCUCACUGCAUAAAUUUGAUACUUGAAGAUUUUUGCAAGAUUGAUUGGGUGAAUAAAUGUAUUGUACAGGCACAAUCCAUCACAAGAUUCAUCUACAAUAGUACACCUUUGCUUGAAUUCAUGAAAAGUUAUACAGCUGGUCAAGAUGUAAUUAAAACAGGCAUUACAAAACCCGUUUCCAGUUUCCUCUCUUUGCAAUCCAUGUUUAAGCAAAGGAGUAAGCUGAAACUUAUGGUCAAUAGUCCCGAGUAUUCCGUUACAUCUGCUUGUGUAAACAAACAACAGAGCAUAUCAUGUGCAGCGAUUUUGGAUGAUAAUGAAUUUUGGAGAGCAGUUGAAGAAUGUAUAGCUGUUUCUGAACCGUUUCUGAGAAUUCUGAGGGAAGUAGCUGAUGGUAAACCUGCAGUAGGGUUCAUUUACGAGCUUAUGACAAGGGCGAAAGAGUCAAUUCGAACAUAUUACAUUAUGGACGAGAGCAAGUGCAAGACGUUCUUGGAUAUAGUUGACAGUGGCUGGCAUAAUCAGCUUCAUACAUCGUUACAUUCAGCUGGAGCGUUUUUGAACCCGUGUAUACAGUAUAACCCUGAAGUUAAGUUUUUGGGUGCUAUAAAAGAAGAUUUCUUCAAUGUUUUGGAGAAACUGCUUCCAACGCCUGAAUUAAGGCACAAAAUCACUAACCAGGUUCUUUUGUUCCAGCGUGCAACUGGGAUGUUUGGGUGUAACCUGGCAAAAGAAGCACGUGAUACAGUUGCUCCUGGAGAAUGGUGGGAGCAAUACGGGGAUUCAGCACCAGUAUUACAGAAAGUAGCCAUGAGAAUCCUCAGUCAAGUUUGCAGUACUUCUACAACCGAGAAACAAUGGAGUACGUUUCAGCAAAUUCAUUCCGAGAAGAGGAACAAAAUCGACAAAGAAGCAUUAAAUGAUCUCAUCUACAUAAAUUACAACCUCAAGUUGGGAAGACCUAGAAAUAACAAGUCUUUCGAUGUGGAUCCAAUCCAGCUUGAUGACAUUGAUAUGACUUCGGAAUGGGUGGAAGAAAUUGAGACACCGAGCCCUACUCAGUGGCUUGAUCGUUUUGGGACUUAUGAUGUAAGUGACUUGAACACGAGACAAUUUAGCACCGCGUUUUUUGGUGGUGCAAAUGACUUUGGUUUGUGAGUUCUAAUACUAUAAGCCAAAAAUCAUGUUUGUAAUUUUGUAUCAUGUAUAUCCUUCUUAUAGUUUAGCUCUAGGAAUACCUUGUGAUGGUUAUUGUGAUAAUGGAAACAUUUUUGUCACGACUUUCAUGAUAAGAUUUCUUACAUAAGAAA